AUGAGAUCAUUGCAUCUGGGUCUGCCGAGAUUGAAAAGACCAGAAUCGCCCCUCGCCGCUCGCUUGAUCGCCCGGCCGCAGAUUCUCGCGACUGCCCGCUACCUCCAGCAGACAUGGUGGCCGUCAUCCUGCGCAUUCAAUCAGCCCGGCACCCGAAAGAAAGAGCGACAUGAUGGAAACCCAAACAACGCCGGCAGAGAUUGCAGGCAUUGCAGGGCCCGAGAGUCCCCUUGCAUCUACGAUCUCAAGAGGAACAAGCCCGGGAUUAAGCCUGGGGCUGUUGGAAGCCUAAGUCGACGAGUCGAACGCGGUGCACCAACAUGCGGCUGCACACAGGGGGAUCACCAUCCUGCUGAACUGAUUGGCGAGGCUCCCAAUGUUCUCGGAGUGCUUUCCCUCUUGGCCCAGGAGCUGCACAAGCUCAGUGCGCAGACACGGCCGCCGCCACCUAUCGUCGAGGCCAUCGUGCCGUCACCCUCGGUCUCUCAAGGGUCCGGCCGGAUCGCGGUGGAUGGCCAGACUUUUUCGGCCGAGUCACCCGGGCGGCCUCGAAAGCGGCGCAGAGUUGACAGCUGCGGCAAUCCGACCAUUGAGCUAACUUUUGCCCUCGAAGAUCUAGAAAACAUCAGCACAAACCUACCGCCCCCGGCCCUGCUCGAAGAUGUAGUAAACGCCUACUUUGGCCUUAUCCAACCCUGGAUACCCAUGAUUCAUGAGACCCAGUUUCGCGCACGCAUUCAUGACCCCGGACAACUCCCUGGCCUGGUCGUGGUACUCCAUGCCAUGGUUGUCGCAGCCCUGCGAUUCGUCGACAGUGCGGGCAUGGGCCUCCCCCAAGCCGAGCUGAAGACUCGCGCGACUAGAUCUCGGAAUAUUGUCAUGCUGACUGCAAUGGACCAUCUCUCUGUGGAGAAUCUGCAGGCGCUUAUCAUUGUAGCUUUCAAUGACGUGUGUUACCAAUCCCUCAGUGUUGAGUCCGAUCUCGACGGCAAGGAGCCUCUGUUGAAGCCCUUGACAACCAUACCCGCCCCCGUCAACUGGACAGAGGAGGAGCAGCGAAGACGUGUAUUUUGGAAUGUGUUUUGCCUCGACAGAUGGAAUACGAGUCUGACAUCAGACGAUGUGCAACGCAAGCUCCCGGCCGACGGAGGACUGUGGCACAAAGAAGAGCCGGUCACAACACCUUACUUUGGCAUUUGGGAUCGAUCGGCUGCCAAAAUCGGCAAGUCGAUCGCUUUUCUACCCGGUCAUAGCACGGCACCCGCUUCAGAGACGCCUUUGGCAUCCUCAAACACCGGCGCAAACAGCGGCCCUAAUACUGUAGAUAUGACAACAGUUGGUGCAUUUGCCUAUUGUAUCGAGGCAACAGAGUCCCUCAGCAGGGUGACGACGUACUUUCUCCAGCAGAAAAUUGACUUUCAGGACCGACAGGAAGUCAGCAGCUGGCUCACCAGAUUCAAGGAGCUCGAUCUGCGUCUCGUCCAAACGGCCCUGUCACCAGCCAGUUUGCAUUUUGUGUCUUUGUCAGCGCUCGUGUUCUACUCGGUAGGUCUCUCGUACCUCUUCAUCCCACCAAAGCUAAGUGGUCAGUCCAUUGGCGGCAUUAUGAUGCCGACUUGA